AUGUGUGCGGACGAGCGACAAAAGUCUGAGUCCCCUGCGCCACCACUGCAGGAGGCCUUGGCCGGGAAUCCCCUCGAGGCGGAUGAUAAUCAAGCCGACGAUGAUUCUGCGUAUGCUAGCUCGGAGAAUUCGGGUAGCUAUCAGACCUCUUUGGCUUCAAGCAUUAUAAACUACAAAUAUGAAAACGGACGUCGCUACCAUGCCUUCCGUGCAGGCACUUAUUUCCUACCAAACGACGACACUGAGCAAGACCGCAUGGAUCUCGUACACCAUCUAUACCGCCUGUUGCUCGGCGGCAAGCUCUUCCUAGCGCCUAUCGCCGAUAGCCCCCAUCGUGUCCUCGACAUCGGUACCGGCACGGGUAUUUGGGCCAUGGACUUUGCCGAUGAAUACCCAUCCGCACAGGUGAUUGGCACGGAUCUAAGCCCCAUCCAGCCGCAAUGGACCCCUCCAAACUGCUUCUUCGAGGUUGACGACUACGAAGCCGAAUGGCUGUACACCAAGCCCUUCGACUUCAUCCACGCACGCGAACUUGAGGGAUGCAUCAGCGACGACGACGAGCUCUUCCGGCGUGCCUUCCACCACCUUGCCCCGGGUGGAUACAUCGAGUUCCAGGCGGCGAACCCGCGCUGGAUGUCCGAUGAUGGCACCGCUGACAAGGCCGAGAACGCCCAGACCUGGCUCAAGACUUUGCUGGAGGGUGGGGCCAAGUUCGGAAAGUCGCUCGAGAUUGCUGUUGACUGGAAGGAGAAGAUGGAGAAGGCGGGGUUUGUGGACGUGCAGCAGGAAGUUCUCAAGAUGCCCAUUGGCGCUUGGCCCAAGGAUCCCAAACUCAAAGAGAUGGGAAAAUUCCAGGCCAUCCAGCAGAUUCAGGCCGUAGAGUCGUACACGCCCAGGCUCUUCUCGACUGUGCUUGGCUGGACGGAAGAGGAGAUCCAGGUGUACAUUGCCAAGGUUAGGAAGGACCUCAAAGACCCGUCGAUUCACCUUUACUUGCCGAUCUAUUUCGUCUGGGGAAGGAAGCCCGAGUGA